UUGUGGUAGCUUCUUGUGGUUGCAUAUUAACCUCGGAAUCUCAAGCAAAAGAAUCAACUUCAACUAGAUCCGUAUCGACGUCAGAAACAAGUGGAUCAUCGGAAUCUCAAACACAAAAAACAACCUUCAGUAAGUCUAUUCCAACAUCAACUAGAAGUGUAAUAUUGGAAGCUCAAGCAGGCGAUAGUACCUUAACACAGACAAAAUUAACUUCAAGUGCAAGUGGAAUGUCAGAAUUGCAAUCAGACACUACUACAACUAAAUCUCCAUUAUCCUCGGAAUCUGAACCAAAAGAAACAACAUCAACUAAGUUUGCAUCGACGUCAAGAACAAGUGGAUCAUCAGAAUCACAACCACAUGUAAAGACUUCCAGUGAGGCUAUUCUUACGUCACCUACAAGUGUGAUAUCGGAAUCUGAACCAGAGGAAAGUACGUCAACACAUUCAAAGUUAACGUCAACUACAAUUGGAACUUCAGAAUUGCAACCAGAAGAAUAUACUACAAUUAUGUCUGUAUUAACCUCGGAAUCUCAAUCUAAAGAAUCAACUUCAACUAGAUCCGUAUCGACGUCAGAAACAAGUGGAUUAUCGGAGUCUCAACCACAAGAAACAACCUUCAGUGAGUCUAUUCCAACAUCAACUAGAAGUGUAAUAUCGGAAGCUCAAGCAGACGAAAUUACGUCAACACAGUCAAAAUUGACGUCAACUGCAAGUGGAUCGUCAGAAUUGCAAUCAGACACUACUACAACUAAAUCUCCAUUAACCUCUGAAUCCGAACCAAAAGAAACCACAUCAACUAAGUUUGCAUCGACGUCAAGAACAAGUGGAUCAACAGAAUCACAACCACAAGCAAAGACAUCUAGUGAGGCUAUUCUAACGUCAGCUACAAGUGUGAUAUCAGAAUCUCAACCAAAAGAAAGUACGUCAACACAGACAAAAUUAACUUCAACUGUAAGUGGAUCGUCAGAAUUGCAAUCAGACACUACUACAACUAAAUCUCCAUUAACCUCUGAAUCCGAACCAAAAGAAACCACAUCAACUAAGUUUGCAUCGACGUCAAGAACAAGUGGAUCAACAGAAUCACAACCACAAGUAAAGACAUCUAGUGAGGCUAUUCUAACGUCAGCUACAAGUGUGAUAUCGGAAUCUCAACCAGAGGAAAGUACGUCCACACAGUCAAAAUUAACGUCAACUUCAAGUGGAUCGUCAGAAUUGCAACCACAAGAAGCUACCACAACUAAAUCUCUAUUACCCUUGGAAUCUCAAUCAAAAGAAUCAACUUCAACUAGUUCC